AUGUCCGCAACAGUCUCCGAUUUGAGGGAGGUCGACGCACCACCCUCCUUCGAAGCCGCCCGCAAAGCUCAACAGCAAAUCCUGCUUACUAGCGAUGCCUUGCGCCUUUAUUGGACUCUCGAGGGCCCUCUGAGCAGCGCCAUCCGUGUCAUGGACGACAGGCAUUACGACCCCAACACCCCUUUGGCGCCCUAUUGUGACCAGACAGCGCCCUCGCCGAGCUGGUCUCCAGUAUCGCAAUCUCCGCUCACCGAGCCCAAGAUCUCAUCCGUCACCGUGCAUGUCGAGCAGCUCGACGAUUGGGAGGAGCUGUGGCUCGAUAUCCACCGCGACCACGCGGAGCCUGGCCCUCACAAUGAAGCUAGUGAUUUUGCGCGCUUUGGACCGCUUCCCGAUUACGACCCGGACUCGGAUGAGGAGGGCCCGGAGCACUUGUUGCGGUGCUGUCAUCAAGAUCGGCCGCGGAAGACGAAGGUCUCUUUGGUCGUCAAGGCCGCGGGAGAAUUUGUCACAGUUCACGACUACGUCUCCGUGGUUCACCCCUGGCUGAUGAGUCUACGCGAGAAUAUCUUGCAGGCCGCUGGGGACUUGGAGGAUUGUGUGCUGUUGCCAGCGAAUACUAGGUUGAUAGUUGAAUAUGCUUAUGCUAGGCCGGACAUUUUAUAUCUGUAUGAAGAGAAGGAGUGGCAGGAUGUCAGAUUAAAGGAGGGGUAUCUGAAAUCAUUGGAACAGAUAAGAGCUUGGAAACAGCAGAAAGCUUUGCAAGAUCAGGAAGCUAAGAAUAGCAGAACUCUUUAG